AGAUUGUGAAUUUCAUUUGGGGGUGUUUUUUAAUUUGAAUCAACUAAGUAUUUUUGAUUUAAUUUGAUUUGUUGGGCUGAAUCAAUGGGUGAUUUAAGUGAUAAGGGUUCAGAUUGUGAUGAUGUAAUCAAUAGCAAAAGCAGCCCAGAAAGAAGUGGAUCAACCACAUCCGACGGUGGAAGUUUGAUCAAUACUUGUGUUGAUUGUGGCACUUCUAAAACCCCUCUUUGGAGGGGUGGCCCUGCUGGCCCAAAGUCUUUGUGCAAUGCUUGUGGGAUCAGAAGUAGAAAGAGGAGAAGGGCAUUAUUGGGAGAAACAAAAGAAGAUAAAAGACCAAAAGAAACAACAAAGGAUGCCAGCUCAUUAUCAGGAGAUGAUGAUAGUCAAACAAGUGGUUUGACCAGUGUCAAGAUUAGUGAUAUAAGUGAUUUUCCAUUAAAGAAGAGAUUAAUGAAAUUUGGGUCAGAAAUAGUGUUGCAAAGGCCAAGAUCAAAGGUUACUAAUCAGAGAAGAAAAAUUGGUGAAGUAGAACAAGCUGCAUUUUCGUUGAUGGCUUUAUCUUGUGGUUCUGUUUUUGGUUGAUCAAGAAAUCAUAACAUUAAAAAUAAAAAAUAAAAAAGUUUGUGUUUGUCUUAGUAGUUUUAGGUUGUUUUUUUUGUGUGGAGGAAUCUUAGAGAGCUAAAUGUGGUAACUUGUUUAUAUUGAUGUUUAAUUAGUUGAUAAUUUUUUAUGAUUA